CUGAUCCCCUCUUCAAAAGGCUGCUCUGACAAACUGUGACGGAUUCCAUCCUGUGGCACAAAUGAAGAAGCGUCUGGUUUGGGUGUGUGUGUGACUUCUCGUCAUCUCUUUGAACACAGCAGAAACAAAACACUUCAAACCCCACACAGACUGAAGCACAGAGAUUAUUCUCAUCGGCAGCAGAAGUUUUUGGGGUAAAGAUCAUUAUGCAAGAGGCCGUUAAAUUCACGCUGUGGGUGAUGACGGGCCUGUUGGCCGUCACCACCGUCUUCUUCAACGUCUACAUCCUGCUGACGAGUCUGUGGAACUACAAGCAGAAGAAGCAGUGGAGUCCCAGUGAGACCAUCAUCGUGGCUCUGUCGCUGGCCGACGUGGCUCACCAGCUCGUCUGUUACUUCUGGAUGACCAUGGACGAAGUUGAUGGCAACUGCUACGUCAACCACACGUCCUACACCGUCAUCCUACUGCUGAUCUUCAGCCUCAAGUUCACCAUCAUGUGGGACACCAGCUUCCUCACGUUCUACUACAGCACCAAGCUGGUGAACACCCCCAACCACUGCUACUCUCAGAUCCAGGCCACCAUCCUCAAACACGUCACCUUGGCUGUGCUUCUCAUCCCUCUCUGCGGCCUCGCCACCUGCAUGCCGAUGAUGGUGGUGUUCCACCACAGCAACACCACCACAGGGAACCAAGACUGCGGGGUUUUGAUACCCGACACCCGCCCCGGACAGAUCUACGAGGCCGUGUACCUGCUGCUCGCUGACGUUCUGCCAGGUGUGCUCAUGAUGAAAUGCUGCAUCUCCAUCUCCGUCCACCUCGCCAUCCACCUCCGUCACAUGAAACAAAGCACCAACGGAGCGCACCAGCCGAAGCUGGGCUCUCAGAUGAGGGUGAUCAAGAUGUCUUUAUCUCUGGUGGUCGUCUUCAUCGUCUUCCUGGUGGUCGACCUGUACGUCCAGUACGAGAUCGCCGUGAACCACGAGAACAUCAUCAUGCUCACAUUCUUCUUCACGUCCAUCUACACCACCACCACCGCCAUGGUGCUCAUCUACGGGAAGAAGACUUUUUGGAAAGCUCUGAUACACGAGUACAACGUCUGCCUGGAUGAAUAUCCGUGUUUGUCUUGUCUGAAGGUGCCUGAAAAAAAAGCUCAACCCAGCACCCCAUCAAAAGUUAAAAACUGAGAAGCCAAUUUGCUGCACAGCAGAGGUCUUUGUGCUGAAAUCAAUUGGUCAUUGUCUGAAUUUAUUAAAAACUUGGACAGAACUUAUUCUUUUAUCUUUAGUUUUAGCAAUUUCAGUAAUGACUGCUGUCCUGCUGCAGCACCAUUUCUUAUAAUUUCAUCUAUUCAGCUGUGCUGAGCCUGAGCAGGGAGGGAAGUGUAGAGCUUUUCACAGAUCACAGCAGCCAGGUAACCUCCUUUCCAUCCAAAUCACAAGCUCUGUAGACCGACUGUACCUACGAAUUAAUAUUUCAUUGGGACAAAUAAUAGUCCGUCUGUUAAAUAGAUCCCCAAGCAUGGUUGCCUGGACAUGAUGUAACUCGGAACCCAUCUAAAAAUGUUAAAAAAUACAUGUGACUGUGGUGAGAGUACAGAGCAUAUUAAUAAAACAACAAAGUAUGCACA